CGUACUCUCUGCGCACAAUCUACGGAUUGUACACAAUCAUCAUGGCGACGCAGGAUGGAAGUGAAGGAGUCACGAUGGAAACCGAGGCAAAGCUGAAUGAAGCCGAACCACUUGGCGAAGAUGUCGAGAAGGCCGACGCCGAAGCUGCUUGUCACACAGAUGCAGGAAAUGCCACAACUCAGGACUCUAGUAUUAGCAAUGGCGACGACGCAGAUGACAACCAGGAGACGGUGGAUCUGAAGAUUAUCUGGAACAAGAACAAAUACGAUCUGAAAAUCGCCGUCGACAGCACCGGAGCCAAACUCAAAGAGAGGAUUCACUCACUCACUGGUCUUCCACCGGCAAUGCAGAAAGUGAUGUACAAAGGAUUGCUUCCAGAGGACAAGACACUACGUGAAAUAAAGAUCACGAAUGGUGCAAAAAUAAUGGUGGUAGGAUCCACAAUAAAUGAUGUAUUAGCUGUUAACACGCCUAAAGAGGUCAUCCAGCAGGAAGUUAAAGCUGAAGAAAACAAGAAAGAACCUUUAUGCAGGCAAAAGCAACACAGGAAAGUGUUAGACAAAGGUAAACCAGAAGACAUUAUGCCAGCUGUUAAAGGAGCAAAGGAGCGGCUGCCGACAGUGCCUUUAUCUGGAAUGUUUAACAAGUCCGGAGGAAAAGUAAGACUCACGUUCAAACUGGAGCAAGAUCAGUUAUGGAUUGGAACAAAAGAGAGAACAGAAAAAGUCCCAAUGGGCUCCAUAAAAAACGUAGUGUCUGAACCCAUCGAAGGCCACGAGGAUUAUCACAUGAUGGCUUUUCAGUUGGGUCCAACAGAAGCUUCUCAGUACUGGGUGUACUGGGUGCCUACACAGUUUGUCGAUGCAAUCAAAGACACAGUCCUUGGCAAAUGGCAGUAUUUUUAACGUGCCUCCUUUUUCACGAUGAUGAACUGGGAUUGAGAAGAGGAGCCAGCGAAAAGUAAAACUGGAGACGACGAGACUUAAGGAACUUUUUGGAAUAUAUUUGAAGGAAACUGUUGGAUGCCUGUGGACUAAUUCAAUUCUUUUUAUGUGAAAAGUGCACUAUGUGGCAGCGUAACAUUUCUCAGCCCUGUCGAUCAUUCGAGGUUUUCAACAAAUCUAAGGGAAAAUAAAUGUACAGAAAUUGCUAACACUUUUCUUCAGUUAUUCUUAAGAAAAUAAAAAUUAUUUAAUGAAAAAA